UCCCACGGCUGAAUGUAAUUGGGGACGUCUGCCAUAGGAUAUAUAAUCAUUAAUACCUAAGCACGCUCCUUUCAGAGACGCAGGAGAAACAAGCCAGCUCAGGGUGACCAUCUGUAACAUCUUACUUGUUACUACUACAACUGAACCAGCUACUACCACACCUGUAUCCAGCAUCAUGCUCCUUGUCAGACUGACUGCGUUCACCUUGCUGGCUGCAGUUUGCUGUACACUAUCAGCUGCAGCGACGAGAGUGGUCACCUGUGACAAUGGAGAAAACGUCCAGUUCCUGAUCUGUGAUUCUGGAGUGAUCUUCAUUGAGAGAGCUCUGUAUGGAAGGACUGACGGAACCACCUGCAAAGAAGGACGACCUGCCAACCAGCUGACCAACACACAGUGUUCACAGACGGGCACCCUGGAGGUCCUCUCACACAGGUGCAAUGGGAAACAGGUGUGUGAAGUGAACACUGAAGUCUUCCGUACUUCUGACCCCUGUGUUGGAAUCUACAAAUACCUGGAAACCACCUACACCUGCCUCCCAGCAACACGCAGCAUCACGUGUGAAGGCUCUGAUGUUCAACUAGAAUGUGAUGAAGGUAGUAUCCAGAUCCACAGUGCCAACUAUGGCCGACGUGACCAGCUAGUGUGUUCCUUUAAUCGGCCCGCUAACCAACUAGCCAACACCAACUGCCUGAGCCAAUCCAUAACCACCAGUAAGGUAGCAAAGAGGUGUACUGGGAAGAGCCAGUGUGACGUCCCGGCGUCCAACUCUCUGUAUGGAGAUCCCUGUGUAGGAACCUACAAGUACCUGGAUGUGGCUUACACCUGUGGCUAAAUGCAAUCUUCUGAGGAACAAAGACCAGAGACUUCUUGGAUAUCUUCCUCUUCAUUGGGUGGAUGUCUUUCUUUUCGGUCUUCUCGCCGCCUCCUGAAAUCUCAAUUGAGUGUAAAAUCUGUAAAUCACAUUAUUAAUUGUGUAUUUGGUCAUAGGCAUAAUUUGUGUGUAGUAACAUGUUUUGAAAUGAGGCCCCUCUGGAUCCUUAUCCCUGGUGCUGCAGCAAGGCACGGUCAAGAGUAUGAAUGGAGAAAUAAAACAUUAACCCCAAAAAAUGAACUUUAUUUCAAAUUACAUUGUUACCAUAAUACUUAGUGCACUUUGUGUACUAAAGUAUUUCUUCAAAACAAUGUUGAUAUUCUGAACUGUGCUGUUUGAUCUGAAUUAAACUAAGCAGCAUAGA